UAUGGUCAUCAAAGCCUUAUCCUUGUUGAUGGAACCUUUGGAAUCAGCAAACAUAAAUUACUUCUAUUUAUCAUUUUAAUUCUUGAUGAGAAUAAUAGAGGCAUCCCUGUUGCUUUCAUUCUUUUUACACCACCUAAGCAUAAUCGGUUAACAUCCUCCGGCCCCCUUGCUGUAAUGACUGAUGCUGAUGUUAAAGAGCGAAAAUCAUUGUCAAAAGUGUGGCCAGAAAUUAUUUUGCUUCUUUGUUUUUUUCACAUUAGUCAAUGUUGCAAAAAUGAAAUUAACAAACAAUUAGGCCGUGGUGGUGAGAGUAAAGUAAUUCUACUACGACAAUCUCUAAAAACAUUUUUAAAAAGUGUUUUAAAGGAGGCUCAGUCGAUGAAUGGUAGUGAAGAGAUGGCUGGGGAUCUCUUAUAUAGUUGGUGUCUUAAUGGACGGAUGAGAGCUGCGGAAGCUCUUGGAAUUCCUCUAGAAAAACUACCUACCACAAAUAACCAUCUUGAAGGAAUGAAUGAAUACUUGAAAAACAAUCAAUUAAAUCGAUUUCAAAGAAACAAUCACCUUCUCAGAGCCGAUAUCCUCUAUAUUGCUCUUGUGUGCGAAGUUAUACCUAAUAUCUUAACGCUAAGAAAUCUUGCUAUGGAUCUUGAGCGUGAGAAAGCAGAACGACGAAAAGAGUUUAAUAUAAUAAACCCAUCAGACCGUAAAAUAUUAAUGCAAGAAUUCACACAAAUUGCCUAUCUAUCCCCAAGCAUAAAGC